CCUCUUCCUCGCCUUUUGGGGACAACCGCGGCUGCCUGCGUGCGUGCGUGCGUGCGUGCGUGCGUGAGCCUCGGCCUCGGCGUCGUCCUGCGGGCCGCCACCCUCGCACCGCUGUGAGCUCCUCCUCCUCCUCUUCCUCCUCCUCCUCCUCCUCUUCCUCCUCUUCCAUCACCACCUUGAUGAGGCAGCGUCCUCAUCCUCAUCAUCAGCAGCAAUGGAGCCGCUGACAACGCCGCGUCACCUCCUUCCGCCUUGCUCCCCCCCCCCCGCUUAAAAAAGCACACGGAGAAAAGAGGAGCGUGCGCGUGCGCGUGGAUGGGAACUAUGAGCGAGCUGGAGGAGAGCGGCCAGAGCGUGCGCGCGCACAAAGCCUUGCAGCAGUGCGAGCUGGUGCAGAACAUGAUCGACAUCAGCAUCUCCAGCUUGGAGGGCUUGAGGACCAAAUGCGCCACAUCCAACGACUUGACGCAGAAGGAGAUGCGCACGCUCGAGGGUAAACUGGUGAAGUACUUCAGCCGCCAGCUGUCGUGCAAGCGCAAAGUGGCCUUGGAGGAGCGCAGCGCCGAGCUGGAGGACUUCCCUCGCCUGGGCCACUGGUUCCGCAUCGUCAACCUGAGGAAGGAGGUCACGCAGGACGUGAGCCCUGCCGGCGUGACGCUGGAGGGCCUUCUGGAAAUGAGCGAGCAGCAAGUGCGCGAGCUGCUGCAAACCUUCGGCGCCAACGGCGAGGAAUGCGCCCGCCUCAACGCCUCGCUGGCCAGCCUCAGGAGGGCGCGCCAGCUCGAACAACUGGAGGAGGAGAAGUUGCACAGCGACGGAGGGAGCCAGGCCAAGCAGGAUUGGUCCAUCCGGUGGCCCACCUCCGAGUCGGGCGAGGAGAACACGCCCGUGUGUCAGCCCGAGCCCAGCCAGUGGAUCCGCUUCCAGCUGUCCCAAAGCCCCAAAGUCCAGUCCAAGUACAACCGGCACACGUGCCGCGGCCCCCGGACCCCGACGGCUUCUCCUUUGUACGCCGACCGCCUGACGCCGGACGGGCCUUCCGCAGCGGCGCCGCCGCCGCCCGCCUCGGACUGCGGGCGCCGCUCGCUGCCGCCCUCGCCCCGCCAAAGACGCUUUGGCCGCACGCCCCCCCGAACUCCGCUGGUGUUCAACACCAUGACGCCGCCCGGCACGCCGCCCGUGAAGCGGAGGAACAAAGUCAAGGCGCCGGGCACGCCGCCGCCCCCCAGCCGCAAGCUCAUACACCUCCUGCCGGGCUUCACGGCGCUGCACCGGAGCAAGUCGCACGAGUUCCAGCUGGGGAACCGCCUGGACGACGCGCACAUGCCAAAGGGCAAGAAGAAGAGCAAGCCCUUGAACCUCAAGAUCCACAGCAGCGUGGGCAGCUGCGAGAACUUGCCCACCUACCCGCCCGGCCAGCGCUCGCCCCUGCACACCGAGCGCUCCCUGAGAUCCUUCUUCUUCCCGUCCUUCGUGCCCUCCACGCCGCCCGUGCACGCCGAAACGCCCUCCGCAAACACUCUGUCAGUGCCUCGCUGGUCCCCGCAGAUCCCCCGACGAGAUCUGGGGAACUCCAUCAAACACAGAUUUUCCACCAAGUACUGGAUGUCGCAGACGUGCAUCGUGUGCGGGAAGGGAAUGCUCUUUGGACUCAAAUGUAAAAACUGCAAGCUGAAGUGCCACAACAAAUGCACCAAAGAAGCUCCGCCCUGCCAUCUGCUCAUCAUCCAGCGAGGCGGCCGAGAAUCCCUCAAAGGAUUAUUUUCUUCUUCUUGGUUGCUCGCAGUAGCUCGUCUGGUGCGGACCGAGUCGGUGCCGUGUGACAUCAACAACCCGCUCAGGUACAGCGACCUGCACAUCAGUCAGACUCUGCCCAAAACCAACAAAAUCAACAAGGAUCACAUCGCGGCGCCGUACCAGCCGGACUCCAGCAGCAACCCGUCGUCCACCACCUCGUCCACGCCGUCGUCUCCUGCCCCGCCGCCGCCCAGCAGCGCCACGCCGCCCUCGCCGCUGCACCCCUCGCCGCAGUCGGCGCGGCAACAGAAGCACUUCAACCUGACCGCGGCCAGUUACUUCAAAUACAAGCAGCGGUUCAUAUUUCCAGACGUCACUCCGGUCACUCCUCCCAGCCGAGCACCGCAAGUCAUCCUGCAUCCCGUCCUGUCGGAGCCGGGCAACGAGGGAAACCCGUUGCUUCAAAUCGAAGUGGAGCCGAUUUCCGACAACGAGGAGGGCAACGACGAGGAGUCCGGCGACGAGUUUGAGGAGAUGAACCUUUCGCUGCUGUCUGCCCGCAACUUCCCGCGCAAGGCCAGCCAGACCAGCAUUUUCCUGCAGGAGUGGGACAUCCCCUUCGAGCAACUGGAGAUCGGCGAGAUGAUCGGCAAGGGUCGCUUCGGCAAAGUUUUCCACGGCCGCUGGCACGGCGAGGUGGCCAUCCGCCUCAUUGACAUCGAACGCGACAACGAGGACCAGCUCAAGGCCUUCAAGCGCGAGGUGAUGGCCUACCGCAACACGCGCCACGAGAACGUGGUCCUUUUCAUGGGCGCCUGCAUGAGUCCGCCGCACCUGGCCAUCAUCACCAGCCUGUGCAAAGGCCGAACGCUUUAUUCGGUGGUGCGCGACGUCAAGGUCGUCCUGGACGUCAACAAGACGCGGCAAAUCGCACAAGAGAUGGUCAAGGGGAUGGGCUACCUCCACGCUAAAGGCAUCCUCCACAAGGACAUGAAGUCCAAGAACGUCUUCUACGACAACGGCAAAGUCGUCAUCACCGAUUUCGGACUCUUCACCAUCUCGGGGGUCCUGCAAGCCGGCAGCCGGAGAGAAGACAAGCUGAGGAUCCCGAGCGGCUGGUUGUGUCACCUGGCUCCAGAAAUCAUCCAGCAGCUCUCUCCGGACACCGAGGAGGACAAGCUGCCUUUCUCCAAGCAGUCCGACGUCUUCGCCUUCGGCACCAUCUGGUUCGAGCUGCACGCCCGCGAGUGGCCUUACAAGAGUCAGCCGGCCGAGGUCAUCGUGUGGCAGGUCGGCAGCGGCGUCAAGCCCGGCCUGGCGCACGCCGGCAUGGGCAAGGAGAUCCUGGACAUUUUGCUGCUGUGCUGGGCCUUCCAGCAGGACGAGCGUCCCAGCUUCUCCAAGCUGGUGGACCUGCUGGAAAAAUUACCCAAGCGCAACCGCCGCCUUUCCCACCCGGGACACUUCUGGAAGUCGGCCGAGUACGUCAAAUGAAUCGAGCGCACCCCGCCGACGACUCCGAAAAAGACGAGUUUGUGCAAAACAACCCCGCGUGUCCUUUACCAAUGAUUCUCGAGGGAAAGAACGAAUGUAACUGUUGUACAGUUGAGUGUGUGGUCAAACAUCCACUUUUGGAAUUUUUGUGGACUUUUUGAAAAACGCUUCAACGGCCACUUUAUUUAUUUCUCGUCACUUUUGGGUCAUCGGCGCUGUACCGCAUGAAUGUGAAACACGUUUUCCCACUGGCGCGACACUUGAAAUGUAACGCCACGCAACGAAUGCACGGAAAUGAUUUUUUUUCACGAUAAAUUGUAGCGCGGGACAUCCACAUCGGAAUUUUGCUACAUUUCAACUUUGAAGUGUGAGGGCCACACCGGAAAGAAAGAAAUCGUCACGCGACAAGAAUAAAGUCGUAUUCGUAUGAGAGCAAGAUACGCCAAUGGGCCCUACUUUUCGUGGGGGGAAUACAUAUUUCGAAAAAAGCUGUAAUAUUUCCCAAAAAGUUGUCAUUUUUUUACAGUUACAUUUUUUUGUCCAUCUCGAAAAAAAAAUCAGCUAUUCAAAGUGAUUUUUUGUUUUUUAAAGAAAAUCUUGCAAGAAUAAGAUGUUUUUUUUGUUUUUUUUUUUUUAAUGAAAACUACAACAUUUUCUCGAAAGAUCACAACUUCUUUUUUCCCCACCCCCCCAAAAAGACAACUUUAUUCUUGUAGUACUCCGCCGAGGCUGCCCUUUGUCGCCGAUUCUGUUCCUAACUUUUAUGGCCAGAAUUUCUUGGCGCAGCCGAGGCGUCGAGGGGGUCCGCUUUGGUGGCCUCAGUGUCGCAUCUCUGCCUUUUGCAGACGACGUGGUUCUGCUGGCUUCAUCGAGCCGUGAGCUCCAACUCUCACCGGAGCGGUUCGCAGCCGAGCGCGAAGCGGCCGGGAUGAGAAUCGGCGCCUCCGAAUCCGAGACCGCGGUCCUCGGUCGGAAAAGGGCGGCGCGCCCUCUCCGGGUCGGGGACGAGAUCCUGCCCCGAGUGGAGGAGUUCAAGUAUCUCGGGGUCUCGUUCACGAGCGAGGGAAGAACGGAACGGGAGAUCGACAGGCGGAUCGGUGCGGCGUCCGCGGCGAUGCGGACUUCGUAUCGGUCCGUCGUGGUGAAGGAGGAGCUGAGCCGAAAGGCGACGCUCUCGAUUUACCGGUCGAUCUUCGUUCCUACCCUCGCCUAUGGUGACGAGCUGCGGGUCGUGACCGGAAGAACGAGGUCCAGGAUACGAGCGGCCCAAAUGAGUUUCCUCCGCAGGGCGUCCGGGCUCUCCCUCAGAGAACGGGCGAGAAGCUCGGUCGUCCGGGAGGAUCUCGGAGCAGAGCCGCUGCUCCUCCGCAUCGAGAGGAGCCAGAUGAGGCGGCCGGGGCAUCCGAUUCGGACGCGUCCCCGGUGAGGUGUUCCGGGAGGAGACCCCGGGGACGACCCGGGACACGCCGGAGAGACUACGUUCUUUCGGCCGGCCCGGGAACGCCUCGGGAUCCCCCCGGAAGAGCUGGAUGAAGUGGCCGGGGAGAGGGAAGUCUGGGCGUCCCCGCUAAAGCUACUGCCCCCGCGACCCGACCUCGGAUAAGCGCUAGAAAACGGAUGGAUGGAUGGUUUAUCGUUUUGUUUUUUUCUUUGAAGUAUCGAUGCAAAAACGGAGCUUGGACUUUUAGGCCACUAGACGUCUCGGACGUAAAAGAAGAUUUCAGACCAAAUUCAUAUUCGGAUUGAUUUGAGUGACAGCGGUGUUGUAGUCCAAAUUUCUUUUUUCAUAUUUAACUUUGAUCUGAUAUUAUGAGUCUUUAUCAAAAAUAAGAAUUCCAAAUAUUUUUUGUCACAAAUGUUACACACUUAACUCCAAAAAUUGACUUUUUACUUUAAGAAAUAUGCUUCUUUUAUGAUUUUUUUUCCUCUCAAGAUAAUUAUGUGCUUUCUCAAAAAUGCCCUUUUCCCCUCCCCAAAAAUAUGAUUCUUUUCAAGAACCAUUUGAUAUUAUUUUCCCCCAAAAUUUAGAUUUUUGUUGUUUAAAAAAAGGAAUGAGCUUUUCUCUUAUGAGACUUAUUUUUUUUCUUGGAAAGAUUCAACUUGUUCUGACACAAAUAUUUUUUUGGGGCGGGGGACAUGACAACAUACUUUCCCCCUAAAAUCAACACCACUUAUCAUAAUUGUCUGCUGACUAUCAUGUUUAUGAAAAUGAUGAUUUUCUUUUUUUCCAUGUUUGUUUUGCCCAUUUUAGCUUCACGGCGGAAAAAGUCAAUAUGCCAAUGAAAAAAAAAAAAAAAGUUUUCUGUUAUCCAACAUUAUUUUCUGCUUCCCCUUUGGGGAAAAAAAAAAAAAAAAAAUAUAUAUAUAUAUAUAUAUAUAUAUACACACACACACAGCUGUGGGAAAAUUGGAGAAAAUAAAUGCUCUAACUGACACUAUUUGAAGUUGGAAGUUAUGUUGUCAGUCGUUUAAGGAUUGAAACAAAAUAGUUCAUUUUACUCAAAUAUAGAGUGGACUAUUCCAUAUUCGUUGUCGAUAUUCAUAAAUUCACCUAUUGGCAGAUUUUUUUGGGAGGUACCGUUCUUCCCUUGUUUUUAAAUGGCACUUAUAAGGGGGUGUCAAUUCUCCAUGGAUUUUUUGGGGGGGAACCUAUUCCCGUAAUUUACGGAAAUCCUCGUCUUUUUUGUGUUUUUGUUGAGAUUUUUUUGUCUGCAAUAAUAAGGAAACAUCAAUUAUUUGCAGUAUUUUUUUUGAUUGACACUAUCACCCGUAACUGAUGGAAACCCCUCCCUAUUUACGUUUGAUUCCAUUUUACCGGGAUUUCGAAGGGCGCAUGAGUGAUUUGCGUGUUUUCACUAUUGAAGUUGGGGCUCGGUCCCGAUCCCCUGCGAAUUUCGGGGACCCACAUUGGCCAAACUGAUUGUUUUGCACUGAUCUCUUCAUUUUUUCCAGAGCUUUAUAUACCUGUAUAUCAUUUGUACUGUUUACACCUUUCAAGUGCAUGACAUGGACACAACGAAUCCACUAUAUUUGUGUGUGCGUGCGUAUAUAUAAAAUGGAGUGAAGUUGUCCGAGCUCGAUGGCGCCGCCACCUUUUGAUGUUUGGCUUUUUUUGCAGGCGUCGGCCGAUUGUCGCAGUUGUUUGUAAUUAUCGAUCUUGUGAAUAAGGAACAGUAAAAAAAUCAAAAGGAGCGCGUGGCCAACCAGCAAUCAAAGAUCUAACAUUAGUGCCAAGUGUACAGAACAGAUUGUAAACUGCAUUCGCCGUGUGAUUAUGAAUAUAAUGAUUAUCAUUAUUGUGGUUCUUUCUUUUUUUGAGACUUUCCUUUUGAAUGUAGAAAAAGCUAUUGUUGUUGUCUUUGAAUUUCUUUUGUCCGUUUUCUUUCCCUGAUGUUUUUUGUGUUGUAGCCAAUAGCUUGUGGACUCGUGUAUGCCCUAUCAAGAAUACGGCGCCGUAUACACUUUACGAAUUGAGAAUGUGAAGGACUUCUUCUUCGUCCUCUUCUUUUUUCUUCCUUCUUUUCUUCUUCUUUUCUUCUCCUCAACCCACGACUGACUUGCACUCAUCCUUUGUCAACGUUUGUGGAUGACAAUAAAAAGCUCUUUUUCUCUUC